UUUGGAUCGAAUAAUUCAAAUCGGAGAUACCACCCAAAAGGGUCAAACUCAUACUCAUUUGCGUUCAAAAGAAAAGUUAUUGCAGGUGAAAUAAAGUGGGAACAAAAAAAUAAGCACGAACUAUGUGCUGCAACUAAACAGAUAUUGAAAAAAUAAUCAAAAUCAAAAUUCUCUCACUUAGAACUCACUCUCCAACAGUUGUUUUCCAUCAUCUGGAAAAUUAAAUAAUUCCCAGAAAUUUGUAGUUUAAUUACUUCAUCUUCUUCGUUGCAAUUAAUAUGAACUGAUUUUCUCUCUCCUUGAUCUCAACGAUUUCUCUCUCCUAGCCAUGGCUCCUCGUCGACGAAGAAUCUCCACUUCUAUUAUCGCCAUUGUUAUAUUCUUCACUCUGUUUGUAUACAGUAGUACACUCAUCAAAGCUCAGUUACUUCAAAGAGAUCGCAGAGGGUACCCUUUUCUUUAUGAUUGUGAACAAUGUAACAGAAAAAAGGACCAGGCAACUCCAUCAUAUGCUUCCAAUGAUAAAUCUGGGAAUCUAGAUGUUAAGGAUAUUGACAUAAUGGUGACAUACAGUGAUGCCUCUGGAGCUGUUAGGGUUGGUUCAGUAAAAGCAAAAGAUCUAUCUUCUUCCUGGGUUUGGAAAACUCCUAGUCACCAUGAUGACAAUGUGAAAAAUAUUGAGAAAUCAAAGGAUUUAUCUCAGCCUAUCACAAAGUACCAAGACAGUACUGAGGAUCCUGUUGAGACAAAGCAAAGUACAGAAAGCACUGUCUUCAACACAAAAAAAUAUCCAGAUGAUCCAAUUAAGCGUCACCGCCAGAUAUUACGGCUUAAAAGGAGGGAGCUCCGUACAGCAGAACUUAUGAAGCAAGACAAAGAAAUGGAUGCAGAGAUGGAGAAAGCAGCCAUUGAACGUGCUGAGGGGCUGGAUACUACUUUCAUUGGAAAGUAUAGCAUUUGGAGACGCGACUAUGAUAAUUCCAAUUCUGAUUCUACUUUGAAGCUUAUGCGUGAUCAAAUCAUUAUGGCAAAAGCAUAUGCUACCAUUGCGAAAGCUAAGAAUGAGAGUAGUCUUUACAAUUCCUUGAUGAACUGCACCAAAGAUAGCCUGAGUGCCAUUGGUGAAGCAAAUUCUGAUGUUGAUCUUCAGCCAAGUGCCCUGGAUCAAGCGAAGGCAAUGGGGGGGAUUCUCGCAUCAGCAAAAGAGAAAUUGCAUGAUUGUGCCGUUUUGGCUAGGAAGCUAAGAGCAAUGAUUCAAGUAACUGAAGAUAAUGUCAAUGCUCUGAAGAAGGAGAGUGCAUUCUUGAUUCAGCUAGCUGCAAAGACGAUACCAAAACAUAUACAUUGCCUUUCUCAACUGCUUACUGCUAAUUAUUUCAUUUCUGGCCGUGCAAACAAAGGUGCUAACAUGAAAGAUAAGCUUGAGGACCCGUCACUUUACCAUUAUGCCAUUUUUUCAGAUAAUGUACUUGCUGCAGCAGUAGUAGUGAAUUCUACUAUUGUGCAUGCUAAUGAGCCGGAAAAGCAUGUUUUCCACAUUGUGACGGAUAAGUUGAAGGUUUCAGCCAUGAAAAUGUGGUUUCUUGAUAAUCCUCCCUCUAGUGCUUCUGUAGAAGUCUUGAACAUUGAUGAUUUUACAUGGUUAAAUUCUUCUUAUUGCCCUGUGCUUCGGCAACUUGAAUCUGCUCGAAUGAAGGAGUUUUACUUUAAGGUCAAUAAUAACCCGUCAUCUCUUUCAACUGGCACAGACCAACUGAAGUAUAGGAACCCGAAAUAUCUGUCAAUGUUGAACCAUCUUCGUUUCUAUCUUCCAGAAGUAUAUCCUAAGCUGAAUAAAAUCUUGUUUUUAGAUGAUGACAUUGUUGUUCAAAAGGACUUGACUCCACUUUGGUCUGUUGAUAUGAAAGGAAUGGUGAAUGGUGCUGUUGAGACAUGUAAGGAGAGCUUUCAUAGGUUUGACAAGUAUCUUAACUUCUCUAAUCCCUUGAUCUCAGAAAAUUUUGACCCCAAUGCUUGUGGCUGGGCAUAUGGAAUGAAUAUGUUUGACCUGAAGGAGUGGAGGAAGCGAAACAUUACCGGAAUAUAUCAUUACUGGCAAGAACUGAAUGAGGACAGAACUCUGUGGAAGCUGGGCUCAUUGCCGCCUGGCCUAAUCACUUUCUACAAUUUGACCUAUCCACUAGAUCGAAGCUGGCAUGUAUUGGGACUUGGAUAUGACCCUGCACUCAAUCAGACUGCAAUAGGGAAUGCCGCGGUUGUUCAUUACAAUGGAAAUUACAAACCGUGGUUAGAUCUUGCCAUCGCCAAGUACAAGUCAUAUUGGUCCAGAUAUGUUAUGUAUGAUAGUCCCUACCUUCGACACUGCAAAUUCACGGAAUAGUCUCAACUCUCAAAUCUCAAUACAUAGCAGCAGAGUCUAUUAGGAGAAUACAAAAUGAUCAUUUUUUUUUUGCCCAAUUUUUUCCUCUCUUUGGAAAUUCUUUGAUUACAUAGAUGAUAGAUCCCAUCGUCGACCUCACUUUGUAACAUCUUCUGUAAAAGCAAUUUACCUAUAGGUUUAUAUUUUUUCUAUUUGUAUAGAUUCAUUUGCUCGACAAAUAAAAGCUAAUGAAAAAAAAAAAAAUCAUUUUUUA